AUGCUUUCAGAAAAACUCAUUGACAGCUUCACGCUGUUCAAGUUGCAAUCGGCCAUCGCCGAUGCGGGUCUUUUCAAUGUCGCCCUCGCCUUGCUGGCCGUGGUAGCGACGGCUAUUGCCGCCGACUACGCCCACAUGCUCUAUCUCAGGUCGAAGAUGCCGCCCGGCCCCUUUCCCUGGCCUAUCGUUGGCAACACGUUUACGCUUCCCGACACGAAACCAUGGUUGUAUUUCGAGGAGCUGUCUAAGAAGUACAACACCCCAUUGAUUACAUUUUGGAUCGGACGGAACCCCACUAUUUGGAUCAACGAUGCCUGGUGCGCUCACGACAUCUUGGAAAAGAAGGCUCAGAUCUAUACUUCGCGGCCUCGUAUGGUUGUCUUUGGCGAACUUGGCAGCGGCCAGGCAAACCUGGUCACCAUGAGGAUCCGGAACCAGCAGGAGCGCGACCAUUGGCGUAUUCAUCGCAAGCUGAUGCACGUCGGCGUCGGCGUACAGUCGGUCCGCGGUUACCGAGAGAUCCAGAACAACGAGAGCAAGAUCGUUGCCUAUGACUUCCUCCGCGAGCCGAAGGAGUACGUGAAGCACCUGGAGCGGUAUGCGACCAGCGUCGUGUCCAUCAUUGCGUUUGGCCGGCGGGUAGCGAGCUAUAACGACCCCAUCAUCACCGAGGUAAUCGCCUUGAUGCAGCUGGCCGCCGAUUUGAACGUUCCCGGAAAGUCUUUUCCAAUGCUUCUCGAGACAUUCCCCAUCCUGGCCAAGUUCCCGCGGUUUAUGCCUUGGUUCAAGGGACUCGGCACUCGCAGCCAAAAAGGGGGCCACUACUUCUUCUACACCCUAGCCCAGGAAGCGAUUGAGCAGUACAACCAGAAAUCGCCUUCCGAGCAGGCCUCGAUGCCAACGCCGUACGUCAAGACCCUCUUUGACGAGGCCAAGAAAUACAACCUCCCUAUCAAUGAGCUCUCGGGUCUGACCGGCAACCUAUUCGGGGCCGGUGCGGACACCUCCUCGAGCACACUGGUCACCUUCGUCCUCGCGUGCUGCGCGUUUCCUGAUGCCAUGGAGAAGGCCCAGGCCGAGAUCGACCGAGUCAUUGGGCCGAACCGGUCUCCGCACUGGGACGACUCACCCAGGCUGCCCUACGUCAACGCCUUUGUGAAGGAAGUCUUCCGCUGGCGCAGCGUGGCCAUCAUUGGCGGACAGCCGCACUCGCCCACGCAAGAUGACACGUACAAUGGCUGGCUGAUUCCCGCCGGGUCCUGGGUGCAGGGGAACGUGUGGGCGAUUCACCACCACGAGCGCGAGUUCCCGGACCCGGACCGCUUCUACCCGGACAGGUUCUUCGAGGACAACGAUCACCACCGCCCGUUUCCCGGCGACAGGGGCUACAUGACCUUUGGCUGGGGCCGGCGCGUGUGCAGCGGCCAGGCGCUGGCCGAGCAGGGGACCUGGGUCACGGUGGCGCGGCUUCUGUGGGGAUUCAACAUCCGCAAGGCAAAGGAUCCCAAGACAGGAAAGCAGAUCGACGUCGACAUAUUCGCCUUCACGAACGGGCUGAAUAUGCGGCCGCAGCCCUUCCCCUGCGAGAUUGUGCCGCGGAGUGAGGAGAUCAAGGAAGCGAUAUUGAGGGAAGGGGAGCAAGCAUUGGCGGAUCUCAAGCUUCACGACGGCGAGACCAGGUACCGGAUGAGCACCUUCUAUCAACAGCAGAAGAGGAAGCUGAAGGAGGAGCCCGUGCUCGAUGAGCACGGAAACGUCAAGGUUGUCAAGGUCAAGGCUGUUUAG